AUGAGUGCGCCCCCAUCGCCCGCGGCGGGCGGCCAGCCUGCAUCGACAGCCACGCGGCGCAAGUCUGGACGCGUAUCCAAAAAACCAGAUCGCUUCGCGCCCGACGCCCACUCGACCAGCACCACCAAGCGGAAGCGCGGAACCGACAAUGACAGCGGGGUCGAGGCCAGCGAGACGUCGGACCCAGAGUCGGACCCGACGAGCGACGACGAGCCCGACGAGGAGGAGAUCAGGGAGCGCAGGCGCAAGAGGAAAACCAAAGGCACCGCCCGUAAGCCGGCAGCUAAGAAGCCAAAGACCAAUGGCGACAGUGUCAGCCUGGCCAUUCGUCCCGCCGCCAACGCGACACGGAAGAUUGCAAAGAGACCGCGCAAGGCGCCCGUCCGCAAGAGCACCCUCGCCGACGACACCGAGGGCCUGUAUGCCGACGUGUUCGCCAGUGGCGACCGACUGGAAGACGUGACCGCCCGCUGGGUAGCUCGCUUCAACGAGCACGAGGCCAAGGCCGUGGCCGAGAUUGUCAACCUCGUCCUGCACGCUUCCGGCUGCGACCUGCGCAUAAACGAGGACGACAUAGGCGAUCCCGAUAACGCGCCAAAUCGCGUGGCCGAGAUCCAGGAGGAGUUCCAGCAGUACGAGGUCACCGAGUAUCCUUUGAUUGCAAAGGCAAAGGACGGCGGCGGCCAUGCCUUCAGAAACGCGCUACAGGGCUUCUUCAUGACGCUCAUACAAACCAUUGCAGAGUCGGGCCUCAUGUACGAGAGCGCGGAGCUGCUGGAGAACAUCUCCGUCUGGCUGGGUGCCAUGUCCUCGACCGGCAACCGCCCAUUCCGCCACACCAGCACCGUUGCCUCAUUAGCCAUCACCACCGCCCUGGCCCAAGUCGCCGCCGACCUCGUAGAGAACACGGCCAAGCGCGUCCGCCAGAGCGAAGCAGAGGCCAAGAAGUCCAGAGCAAACAAGGCGCGCGUUUCCAUGGCCGACAAAGACGUUCAAGAAUUCAACCAGAAGCUCGAGUUCGUCGGAGGCCAACUCGACGACUGGUUUGCUGCCAUCUACGUGCAUCGCUAUCGGGACGUCGACCCCAAGAUCAGGGUCGACAGCGUCGUGGCACUGGCAGACUGGAUCAUUGCCUAUCCUGACAAGUUUUUCGACGGCACCAAGCUACGCUAUCUUGGCUGGGUGCUUUCGGAUCCAAACCCAACCACGCGAAUCGAGGUUCUGCAUCAGCUCGCACGCUUGUUCCGAGACGAGAGUAAGCUGGCUGGACUGAAGACGUUUACAGAGCGCUUCCGACCGCGCAUAGUCGAAAUGGCCACUCACGAUGCAGAGAUCAACGUGCGUGCGGCCGCAGUCGACUUGCUAGACAUUCUUCGGGAAGCUGGCUUCCUCGAACCCGAUGACAUUGAUUCAGUCGGCAAGCUCAUCUUCGAUUCGGACGCAAAGGUGCGCAAGUCGGUGGUUGGCUUCUUUGCCGAGAACGUCAACUCGGCAUACGAAGCCACGGUAGAGGAAAUGGGAGGCGAGGAAGCGCUGAAUGAAGCAUUGGCGCCGCCAGACGAAGAGAGCGAAGAAUACCACAACCCGCGCCUGGAGUGGCUCAAGCUCAAAUGCUUAGUCGACCAGCUGCUCUCGUACGACGAAGACGAAGUUGAGUUGCCCUCACAAAUUCAGCGCAUGUCGCCUGGCACGGAGCUGGGCUUGAUUGCUGCUGGUGUCGAGUCGCGGCGUUCGCUUGCUGCUCAAGCCCUUUACGAUGCCAUUCCAGAGAUCCGGUCAUGGGAGGUUCUAGCUGGCUAUCUCCUGUACGACCAUUCACAGACGGUUCAAGGCGACAGCGAGGACCCGGAAACCAUGCUCCGCCAGACGUGCCAACUCGAAGAGAAGCACGAGACGGUUCUCUUGGAUAUUCUGAACGUCGUGGUGCGUAUCCGACUUCAGCGCCUGGCAGAGGUGUCCAAGGACAAGAAGAGGACAAAGACGCAGCGUGAGAGCGAGCAAGAAGACCAGGCAGACAUGGCCCGGCGGCUUUCGUUGCUGAUCCCCCAACUCCUGAAGAAAUUCGGUGCCCUUCCUGAAGCUGCUGCGCUAUGUCUCAGACUAGAACGCGAACUGAAUCUGGAUGUCUUUGAGGAGCUUCGACAAAAUGGAGCUCUCACUGCGUUGCUCGACGACAUUAACAAGCAGUUUCUCACUCAUCACAACGAGCGCGUGCUCGGAGAGGCUAUUGGAUCGAUUCUUCAUGCCCAGAGCAGCGAGGAACUCAGAGAAACAGUUGAUCUCAAGGUGCAAGCGCUCUGGGAUGAUCUGACCAACACAUUCGAUACCCUCCGGCGAGGCAAGGAUUUUUCCAAGCGGGGCAACCUAGACCAAAACGUCCUGCGUGGAGUUACGAAUGUUGUGCUCAAGAUGUCACAACUGGUAACUGUUUCGGACGCUUCAGUGCUCGACAACAUCCCAGUUCCUGCUAAGACAAAAGCCAGAGGCAAAAAGGCAGCGCUAGAUACACCACCGAUCGAAUCAGUGUUGCAGAUUCUCGAACGUGGUGUUCCAGUCGAAGAACUGGACGCGGAUGUUGAAGAGGCAGAUGAUGUGCUUGUCCGUCAUGCCAUGUCCGUCAUGCUCAUGUACUUCAUGUGGAAGUGCCGAGAAUGCACUACACACGUUGAAGAAGAGACCAACAUGCCUGAAGACGAGCUCAUGGCACUGGUCGAACGAAGAGACACGUGUGUGACAACACUAAUGAGAAUCAUGGAGAGCCGGAAAGGCACAGACGAAGUGCGCCUUGACGCAGCAAACCUACUACUAGACAUCUACACCAUGUUCUGUACGCUGCGGGUCAAAAAGGGCAAGCUGACUAGGACGCCCAAAAAAACCCAAGGUCGUGGAUCAAAUACCGUUAAUGACGACUGGGAGGCUCUCUGUCGCGAUAUUGACAGCAACACAACGAAGCUCAUCUUACAAAUUCUCACAGCGUGGGAAAACCACCUGGCCAAGCUUACCAACAAGCGUCUUGAGGAGCCGGAUGUCGACGACGACCCCAUUGACCCUGACGAUGAACCAGAAAGCGACGAGGAGGAUGCCGCUGAUGAGGGCGCCGUAUCAGACAAGCAAGUGCGUGCCAUCCUGGCGGAGCAGUCACUCGAUGCAUUUGGUGGUCGCAUCGUACACGCUGUGCUUGUGGGCGCGCUCGACAGCGAUGGCUCAGACACAGUGCGAAAGCGUUUGGAACGAAACAAGACCAAGCUCACACCCACAUGGAGGGAAGUCGUGAAUCAUCUCGAUGCAGUCAAGCAACGCAAGGUGCCAAAGAAGGGCGCCAAGGCGACCAAGGACGCCGGAAAAGCAGCGAAAAGCAAAGAGACUGUGGAGGUGGAUAGUGACGACGAAGAGGAAGAAGAACAAGAAGCUGAAAACGAGGUGCCAGGCGACGAGAUUGAGGACGAAGAAAUGGCUGACGGCGAUGGCGAUGACGAUGAGGAGCAGACUAAUGGCGUGCAGGAAGCUGCAAAGAAUGGCAACGGCACUGCAGAGGGAGAUGGAGACGGCGAGGAGAGCAUUCUCGGUGAUUGAGGGGUUUGAUGAGGCCAAAGUGUAUUUUAUUGUUGUCCGC